AUGGAGCUCACUGGCAUUGCCAAAGACACUUAUGAUAUUGGGGAACGAGUGGAAUAUCAGUGUAAGCCCGGGUACAAGCGAAGGCCUUCGGAAGCCAUGUUUACCAUGUGCAGUGCAGAGGAUAACUGGCCGCCUCUUUCAAAUGAUGCUUGUUAUAAAAAAUUGUGUACAAUUCCAGUUGAUCCACUGAAUGGACAAGUAAACUUCCUCAAUGGAAGUUAUGAGUUUGGAACAGAGAUUCAAUUUGUUUGUAAUAGAGGUUUCAACCUAAUUGGAAAUGAGAUUCUCGUUUGUGAGCUCAGCGGCUCCGGUGUGCAAUGGAGCAGUGAAGCCCCAGUGUGUGAGAAGGUUUUGUGCCAACCACCGCCAGACAUAGCAAACGGGGGCUACCUGAGCAAGAAGGAUGUGUUUGAGUUUCUUGAAGUCGUAACGUACUCCUGCGACCACAAUCCUGGCGGUGACCAGUUUUCCCUGAUUGGGGAGUCCAGUCUUCACUGCAUGGGCAGGAACGUGUGGAGCGGUAGCCCCCCCGAGUGCAAGGUGGUCAGAUGUCUGCAUCCCGUGGUCCCCAAUGGGAGACAGAUGUCAGGAUUCAGGGCGAAGCAUUUCUACGGAGCCACGGUCACGUUCGAGUGCCGGGAAGGCUUCUUCCUCCACGGAGACAGUAUGGUCGUCUGUGAGGCUGACAGUACGUGGCAGCCCCCUCUCCCCAGAUGUCUUCAAGAGCCCGCUCUGCUCACCACAAACAUCCCCGGGACCCAAGGCUGCAGUGCUCGCUCCACACCCAGGCUCCAGAAGAAGCUGCGAUUCCUGCCCAGCAGCCUUGCGUGGUCACCUGUGUCCACGGAUGCUUGCUAUAAGAACUACUGUGACCUCCAGGUGGAUCCUGUACAUGGACAAGUCAUCCUGGUGAACAAAAGCUAUGAGUUUGGAUCACAAAUUCAAUUUGUUUGUAAUGAUGGCUUUUACUUAGUUGGAAAUGAGAUUCUCCAUUGUCUGCUGAACGGAUCCAAAGUGCACUGGAGCGGGGAAGCCCCAUUGUGCGAGAAGGUGUCAUGUCAGCCACCCCCACAAAUACCAAAUGGAGGCUACUCGAGUGCGAAGGAUGUGUUUCAGUAUCUUGAGUCUGUUACGUAUUCCUGUAGUCGCAGUGCAGGCCCUGAGGAGUUUUCGCUGGUGGGAGAGCGUAAGCUCUUCUGCCUUGGCCAACAUGUGUGGAGCAGCAGCCCCCCUGAGUGCAAGGUGGUCAGCUGUCCACAGCCGGUGGUCCUGAAUGGAAGGCAGAGGUCAGGCUUUGGAGUGAAGCAUUCCUACAGGGCCAGGGUUACCUUCGAGUGCCUUCACGGCUUCUUCCUGCACGGGAACAGCACGGUUGUCUGCUCAGCUGACAGCACCUGGCAGCCCCCGGCUCCACAAUGCCGCGACACACCCCCAGCAAGAGGCCUCCACAUGCCAGCAUCUCCAAAGGUCUUCCUAGCUCUGAGAGGGCGGGCAGGUGGACGGCGGUUCUGA